AGCACACAUGAAGAAAUACCAAAAUUAUUUCACCUCUUAAAAAGGCUUCAGGCCGGUGCUACAUUCCGGAUGACGUCUAAAUAUAGUCGACCAGCUCGUGCAUGACAGGGCACCUCUGAUUGUGUAACUCCAGCCACCAUCACAGUGGAGGUGACGUUAUAUUUAUGUGUGGAUUUCACAAUGGAUUUAUUAUAACAGUCUCUCAGGCCUUGUUUGGCAGGCGUGUGACUCAGGCUAAGGACAGACAUCCCGGUGGGCUCCUGUUAUCUCGCUCUGUCACCUGUUUUAAGACGAUGGAGUGAAAAAUGACACUGAAGCCAAACAGUGAUGGAAAAGUGAAGCUCAGCGGGGAGACGGCUGCUGUGAAUCUAAUGUGACGGAAGAUGAGAAGAACGUGUCUGAGUCUGAAAAGUGGAAAGAAAACUUAAAGGGUUCUUGACCUGAUAUUUGAGGGACCGAGGCAUUAAUUGCUUUACUGCGCAACAAGAAUAAUUUCCAGGAGAAAAGUCACUGGAUUAUUGAUGAACACAAGGGAAGGGAAGAGAUGGGGAGGAGAGAGUCCUGACUCGACUUUACAUGACAGAGUGUGACAACAGGAGAACUGUUGACCGCUAUUAUAACUGGACUAAAUGUACUGUAAAGAUGGGGGCACUGGGCGAACCAGCGCUGCUGCUACUUUUCUGGCAGAGUGUUUGGGCUCUGGACAUUCCUCUGGAAAUCAGACAACCCCCAACCAUUGUAAAGCAGUCAAUGAAGGAGCACAUUGUUGACCCCAAAGACACCAUGGUCAUAGAGUGUGAAGCCAAAGGAAACCCUCAUCCUAUUUUUUCGUGGAGGCGUAAUGGGAAGUACUUCAAUGUGGCACGUGACUCCCAGACGUCGAUGCGCAGGCGCUCGGGGACUCUGGACAUCUAUGCCCGGAACAAUCCAGAACAGUAUGAGGCAGAGUAUCAGUGCAUUGCCUCCAAUGAGUAUGGCUCUGCAUACUCCAACAAAAUCAGGCUAAAACUAUACAGAGCUCCUGUGUGGCCGAGGGAGAUUCUGGAGCCCGUGGUGAUCAGCGCCGGUUUGCCUCUGGUCCUUUCCUGUGACCCGCCGCCUGGCCCCCCUAAACCUGAAACCUACUGGAUGUCCAGCUGCUCAUACGCAAGACCUUUCAACUGGCCCAUUCAGACAGCUUUCCCAACCAUGCAGCCUGUGCGGCAGGACCGCAGGGUUUCCAUGGGGGUCAACGGGGAUCUGUAUUUCUCUAACGUGCAGGUUAAUGACUCUGUCAGCGAUUACUGCUGUAAUGCCCGCUUCCCCUACAAGAACGUCAUUCAGCAGAAGCUGCCAGUGGUCGUGAAGGUUCUUACAACGCGCACAGUGGCUGAGGCUGCCCCCACCUGGCUGUCUCCCACUGGCUCGUCCAGCUCCAUUCUGGUCCUGCAAGGGGAGGAGCUGCUCCUGGAGUGCAUCGCUGGUGGAGUGCCAACUCCUCAUAUCACCUGGACCAAGGACGGAGAGGACCUGGUAGUGACACCACGCAUGAAAGUAAAGAACUUCAACAAGAUGAUUAAAAUCCCAAAGGCCUCUUUUGAAGAUGUGGGUGAAUACACCUGCAGCGCUACCAAUAAGAUAGGCUACAUCGAGCACACCAUAACGGUCAAGGUCAAAGCGGCUCCAUUCUGGAUAGAGAAGCCCACUGAUUUGAUCUUGGCUCCUGAGGAAAAUGGACGGUUGGUGUGUCGUUCAGACGGAGUUCCUCGUCCCACAGUCAGCUGGUUCAUUAACGGGGAACCAAUUGAAACUGCUACACCACAGCCUAACAGACAGGUGUCAGGAGAGACUCUUUCUUUCCGCAGUGUGACUGCUGAAAACAAUGCCGUCUACCAGUGCAAUGCUUCAAAUCAGUACGGGUACUUAUUGGCCAACGCGUUUGUCAACGUGCUACAUGCAACGCCACGUAUUCUUGGGCCCAGGAAUGAACUCAUCAAGGCAAUAGAGGGUAGUCGUGUCUUCCUAGACUGCCGCUACUUUGGUUCUCCAGUGCCUGAAUUACGAUGGUCCAAAUACGGGCAAGGAAAUCUCGAAGGAACUCGCUUUAAAACCCACAGCAAUGGGACUCUGGAGAUCAGGCGCAUACGGAUAGAAGACCAGGGCACCUACCUUUGUAUAGUCAGCAACAUCGCAGGAAGAGAAGAGAAUCAAGUCCGAAUAGAGGUCAAAGAACCCACAUUAAUUGUGACAAGACCUCAGAGCAUGAAGUCAUCGAGACAAUCAGAUCACAAUUAUGACGUAGCGUCAAGACCAGCUGACCGUCCAAAUCCUCCCACCGACCUGCAGUUGUCAGAUCCAUAUGAGCGUAGCGUAAGACUCAGCUGGGUUCCUGGAGACAGCAACCACAGCCCCAUUACAGAGUUCUUAGUGCAGUAUGAUGACGACGACUGGUUGCCUGGGAAGUGGAGAAAUCUAUCGACGUACCCAGGGAACCUCAACUCUGUCGUUUUGCAUCUCACACCCUUCACGUACUAUGAGUUCAGGGUCAUCGCUUUUAAUGAAAUUGGACCGAGCCGUCCCAGUCGCCCGUCCAAACGCUUCCAGACCAGCGGCGCACCUCCAGACGUCAUCCCAAAGAACGUAAAAGGUGUGGGCACAUGGAGGAACAACAUGGAGAUCAGCUGGGAGCCUCUGACCUAUAGAGAGUGGAACGGCCCCCACCUAAAGUACCUGGUGUGGUGGAGAAGGAGAGAUUCCCGAGAGGAGUGGAAGAAUGCGACCACGAAGUGGCUGAAAUACUACAUCUACGAUGCAGAUACAUUCACGCCUUAUGAUAUCAAAGUCCAAGCUGUCAACGAAUUUGGGCUGGGACCAGAGUCUCCUGUUGUCACUGGUUAUUCUGGUGAAGAUCGUCCAUUAGCUGCACCCCUGAACCUGAGAGUGUCCGACAUCGAGAGCACCCAGGCGACUGUACACUGGGACUCAGUGACGCGAGAGUCACUCAUGGGAGAACUGAAAGAAUACAAGAUCUACUACUGGAGGGACAGCAGCCAGCUGAGGUGGCAUAGGGUCAACCGAGGGAUGAAGUCUCAGGUUUUUCCAAACAACGAUCCAGAGCCAUCUGGGGUUCUCACCGGGCUCAUCCCCUACAGCAACUACAAGAUGUACGUAGUGGUGGCCAACAAUCGAUUUGAAGGGCCGCCAAGUAACACCAUACCCUUCUCAACACCUGAAGGACUACCAUCCGCUCCCAGAUCAUUCAGGAUCCAACAGCGUCAUCUGGACAGUAUUUAUGUCGACUGGGACCUACCAGCAGAGCCCAACGGCAUCAUCACUGGGUAUUCCCUCAAGUACCAGACAGUGAAUGCCACCAGGGGAGAGGAGCUGCGAGUGGAGGAGUUUCCUCCUAACGUAACAAGCUUCUCGGUCCGCCGCUACGACCGCUACACUAGAUACAGAUUCUCCAUAGCGGCGCGUACUCAGAUCGGGAUAGGCGAAUGGCAUACGGAGGAGUCCCCGCACUACACCACUGAAACGUAUGCUCAGGACCAAGUGGACAUAACCACUCAGGGUUGGUUCAUCGGGAUAAUGUGCGCCGUGGCUCUCAUCGUGCUCAUCCUUCUCAUUGUCUGCUUCAUCAAGAGGAGUCGAGGGGGCAAAUACCCAGUACGGGAAAAAAAGGACAUUUCACUGGAGCCGGUGGAUGACAAAGAUCAGGAGGGGUCAUUUGACUAUCGGUCACUUGAAAGGAUUGCACGUGUGUCCACUCUGCCCUUCCCUCGGAGAGAGGAGGAAAAGGGGCUUCAAAGAGGGCAGCCGUCUAUCGAGGCCAUGAUGAAGCGAUCAGACAGCGAUGACAGUCUGGUGGAAUAUGGAGAAGGUGGAGAGAUACAGUUCAACGAGGACGGCUCGUUCAUUGGUCAGUACACAGGGACCAGGAGGGAUGUCAGGGAGUUGGACUUUGGUGGAGGCCUGGAGCUCCACUCGCCAAUGAACACCAUCUACUCCCUUGCAUAAAGCUCAAACUUCAAACCGCUUUCUGCACCUGCGCCUCAACUAUUUUUCUCGUGCCUUCAAGAACCUGGAUGAACUUGUGAAUCUGUCUGCCGGAGUAAACAGCUGGAGACUGACACGCUGUUAAACCCCUUCUUACCUUUGCAGACAACAGCUUUCAUUCACUGAAGGAACGAAACAUGGAAAAGUUGGGAUUAUCUCUGGAGAGAUGGCAUUUAUUUGAUGAAAGGGAAAAUUUACCUUUUGUAAAUAAAAAUACUGUGUUUACGCACAUGCCUAUACAUAUGUUCAAGAGACACUGACUGCGCAUCACAAUGGGAUCAGUUUAUCAUGUUGAUAAAAGCAGUUACAAGAACAAACUUAGAUAGUGUAGUUAUUUUCUGCUAAUUUCAAGAAAGAGAUUUGCUUGAAUUUUGAAAUAAGGUCCGUAUACCAUCUCCAUCAGCAGAGCCACGUUUUUGUUUUUGUUUUUUUAUACACUAGUACUGAACGUACACUGUGGAAGUAUUCUUAGUGAUAGAAUAAAGAAAAUCAAGACUUUUGGGGAAUCAGCAAGCAGCCACAAAGCAACUGUAAAAUCACAAGUUACUCAUGAAGUGGUCUAAUUUCACUCACACUGGACUUUAUUAAUUUUUAUGUAACAGUGUUUGUUUAUUUGACUCCUAACAUCAUCUGUGUAUUAAGACAGUUAUUGUGCCUUUAAUUUAAAUAAAGUGAAGCUUUUUAUUUUAUAGCA